CGCCCAUCUCCCGCUCCUAUCUGUGCUUGUCAACCUUGCUGGCGGAUUCCGUACUUUUGGCUGUUGUUGCUCACUCAGGAAUCUCCCACUCCAGCCCACGGGCAAUCCACGUCAUGGCACAAAGCAUUCCCCUGGUUGCCGAUUUUCCAGGAGCUAGGUACCUUGAACGUGAUCACAUGUCACAAAAUUAUCUACGCUAGCCAUGCAUUGUCUUUCCUCGACCGAACAACACGACCACGACUACGUGCACUACAUACUUAUCUCCUUCCAUGUAGUGUGCGUUCGACCGUCAGCUCGUUCAGUGUAUUAUCGACAGCGCAUUCUCAAUCAACCGAAACAUCCCCGUCGAGGCGCGGCUAGAAGAGUCUACGGGGGAAAAAAAAAUUAAAGAAAAAAAAAUACAAAGUUUGGCUUGUGGAAGACAGCAGCAUCGUCGAUAUCGAAACCACACUCCGACAACUAUCAUGGUUACAGUGGAUGAUAGACCCCGAUUGACGGAGGAGGAAAAGAAGCAGAAUCAUAUUCAAUCUGAGCACAAGCGACGAACGCAAAUCCGCAACGGCCUUGAAGCCGUCAGCAAGAUAGUCCCCGGCUGCGAAAACCUGCAACGGUCCGAAGGCGUUCUGCUCCACAAGUUGGUUGAAUUCAUGGCGGUCCACAUGGAGGAGAGACAGAAGAUGAUUGAGGAGCUGGAGAGCUUGGGGGAGGAAGUUGAUCCUCAGAUGAAAGUGUGCCUGAGAAACUUGGAUGACUAUCAUAAGAACAGGAGUAAACCAGAGGAAGGGGCAAUGUCUGCUUCGGGGUCGCCAACGAAGGAACCGGGAGAGCAGCCGGGGGAACAGAGGGAGGGGGAUGAUUCGCAUGCGGGAUAUUGAGUGAUAACGGAGAGGGAUUCAGAGGGAGGGGGAAUGGAUUCGGAUGACCCGAUAGGUUGAUGGUAUCAGGAGGAAGUGGUUAUGUUGUCGGCGCGAUGCUGCCCGUAACCGGGUGGAAUUUUGGUGAUAAAAGCAUUCAGUAUAUACCCGUUUUUU